AUGGCGAGGUUCCAGUUGGCCCACGUCAAAGUGAGCUGGACGGGGCUUCUGGCCCUGGCCCACCUCACCUACCUGCUGGUCGGGGCCACCAUCUUCCAGAUUCUGGAGCGAGAGGCUGAGAGCAAGAACCGCAACCACUUCCAGCUGGAGAAGCUGCACUUCCUGGCCAAUUACACGUGUCUGGACGGACCGGCCCUGGAGAAGUUUGUUAAGGUGAUUUUGGAUGCCUGGGAAAAAGGAGUGAAUCCUUCUGGCAACUCUACAAACCCCAGUAACUGGGAUUUCAGCAGCUCCUUCUUUUUUGCAGGCACCGUAGUCACAACUAUAGGCUAUGGUAACCUCUCCCCCAGCACCGUGUCCGGUCAGGUGUUCUGUGUGUUUUACGCGCUCUGUGGCAUCCCGCUGAAUCUGGCCUUCCUCAAGCAGAUGGGGAAGUGUCUCACCAUCCACCUGGGUCGACUGAAGAGGGGGAUGAUCUCAGUUGUUCCACACAAGCAAACAGUGGAGGCUUUAGCAGUGAGUUUCUUCUUCAUCAGUGGCAGCCUGCUGUUUCUGGUCAUCCCCCCCCUGCUCUUCAGUUAUGUGGAAGGCUGGACGUUCGGCGAGGGUUUCUAUUUCACCUUCAUUACACUCAGCACCAUCGGUUUUGGAGAUUAUGUGGUGGGGACUGACCCGGGUAAGGAGUACAUCUCUCUGUACCGGAGCCUCGCAGGUAUAUGGAUCAUUUUUGCGUUGGCUUGGCUCGCUCUCAUCCUCAACAUGGGAUCCAGAGUGAUGGAGCAUGUGGUCGUCCUGACUCACCCGGGGUUUAAGAAGCAACCGGAGGAGGAGGAGGACGCGUCGUCCUGCAAACUAGAGGACACGUCAAAGAUCUAA